AUGUUGACUAAAUUCAUUCGUCCUAUUGUACCGAAUGGAAUUUCAUCGUCAUUGAUUAUCAAUCGAUCUUUAUCGAUCUCAAAUCGAUUCUUUCAAAGUACAACAACAAAAUCAGAUGGAAAAUCUUUAGUUGAAAAAGAUAAAAAUGAGAAAGUUUUACGUGUCGAAGAUUCGAUAAAAGAUUUAUCAUCGGUACAAUGGCGAACUGAAUACAAUGGCAAACGUUUAUGGCCACACGAUCAAUGGCCUGAACGUGAUUUAGUUAAUUAUCCACCAUAUAAACUUCGUGAAACACCAAAUCCAGUUCGUUGGUAUUGUGUACCUGAAUCUUGGUUUAAAUUUUUCUAUGAAAAAACUGGUGUUACUGGACCAUAUAUGUUCUUUUAUGGUUUAAUCAUUUAUGGAUUUAGCAAAGAAUAUAUUGUACUUUGGUAUGAUUUCACUGAAUAUAUCAUUUUGGCUGCAGCUGUUAUGACUGUUGUUAAAAAAAUUGGUCCAAUGGUUGGUGAUGUUUUUCGAGGUUGGCAUCAAGACGAAGUUAAUCGAUACACAUCAGUCGUACAGAAUUCUAAAGCAAUGGCUGGAAAAAUGUUACAUGGAUAUGAAGAAUCAUUAGAACGUGCGAAAAAUAUUGGAAUCUUAGGUGAUGCACGAAAAGAAAUCGUUAGUAUGGCACUUGAAACAGCAUAUCGUGAUCGAUUAAGACAAAUGUAUGAAGCUGUUAAACGUCGAUUAGAUUAUCAAGUCGCUUUACAAAAUGCACGAAAAGAUUUCGAAAGAUCAAAUAUGAUUAAUUGGAUAACAAAUGAAGUUAAGAAAUCAAUCACAGCGAAACAAGAACAAGAUGCGUUACAAUCUUGUCUUCAACAACUUAGACAAAUUGCUGCACAAACAAAGUAA